CCUUUCCCUGCAUUAUCCCUCUUCUUUCAGACCCUUUCUACACGCCGACGUCUAUCCUUUAAUACCCUAGUUGCAUCUUUUUUUCCUUACCAUCGUCCUCUUCUACCCAAACUCCACCGACGUCAAUCACCGCUAGGCAUUAUCACUUGAUGUCUGCUCCGACCUCUACCCUCCCGGCAGAGGUGGCCCCUAAUCACCAUUCUACGCUGGGAGAGAAAGAUUCCGUGAGACCGCGAAGUGGCAGUCAUUCCUCCACUUGGUCAUAUGACGAAAAGCACCCCGUCCAUUCGACCCUGGAUGAUGAUGAGGAAGAUUUCCUUCCAGUUGGAGCCGAAGUAUCCCCCGCGGUGGAGAGACGUAUGUCCGCCAAGCAUGACUAUUCCCGUGAGCAUGAGCCCCGCGACCGGAGAUAUAGUGGCACUUCAGCCCACAGGGGUCCUCCAUCCCGCAAGCCUACCGCGAGCUACGGGUACGACCCCGUAACCGGCCAGCCGGAUACUGGGAUGGGCUCACCUUCGCAACAACUCGCGAACAUCGAUUGGGCGCACGUACUCGCGGCCUCUGAAAAUAAGCAUGCCGCCCCCGCCGCCACCACCUCGCCGACUCACUCGAGAAAGACUCCCUCCCGAAAGCCUACAGCCAGCUAUGGCAUUGACCCCGUCAUGGGACAUCCAGAGCACGGCCACCACCACCAUCCUUACCCUAUUUCUGAGAAUCAGCCCAUUAGGACAGAGAACUGAAUCUGGCGUCACGAUGACCAAUCUCCGCAUCUCCUGCGAGUAUCCUAAGCCCACUUAGAUUUUGCGCCUAACUUGGUGCUUUUUUCUUUUUACUUAAUAUUUGGUUCUCUCACGUCACGCCAGAUCCCUUUUUUUGACACUUUUUUACUUUUCACUUUGCCAUUUUCCCUAUUUUCCUAUGUAACAAGAAUUCACGCUGUCUCAUAACGUGUAGGCAUUGGUUGGGACGAAGUGGCAGCACCGAUAAACUGUUUUGGGCUUUCAUCUGAUUAUUCACUUUCGGAACACUUGCUCUUCCGAGUGGUAUAUUACCUCGAAUUAACAUUGAUGUCGGUGGUCACGCACAAGAAGCCGGAGAUCGAAGAGAAGGAGAGAGAGUGUUCCUUGUUUAACUUCUUUGGGUGUAGAUGCGUCUGUGACUGCCCUACUUGCAACAGUCGGCGGCGUCUAUAUAUAUCAAUUGGUCUUGUCAUUUCCUAGAUCCUGAUGCCCUAGGUAGUAUGGCAGGUGGUCGGACAAAUUUGCACUUUCC